GAAGCUACAGCAAUGUCGACUGUCAUCUGUGGACAAGACUGGACUGAAAUAAAUCACAUUCUAUUUUACAUUUUCUAGAAACGAAACAAGAGAUGUAUUACAGCCGCAUGAUGCGACGGAAAACCCGACUUUAAUUCGCGUUUCAAACGCAGUGAAAACGGCCCAACGGUUCUGGUCGAAGAGGGAAUUAGCAAAGAAAGAAAAGGAAUUGGUGAUUAGGCUCUCUUGUACGUACUGCAUCAUCCCGCUUGUCUUCGUUUUUCUUGAUCAUAAUUUUUCCCCGUCAAUUUUUUUCUUUUAUUACAGUUAGUGUUUUUUUUUUUUUUUUAAGAUUGUAUAUUCUGUACUGGGGUUGGGAAGAGUUAUUAGCAGUGAUGGUGUAGCCAAGGUUUUGAUCAAAAAGCAAAUGAAAAUAUACGGAAUCCUGUUGUUCCCUUUCAAGAGUUCAGUCAAGCAGAUUGCUUGCUUUAAAUUCGAAGCUCUGAUCUGCACCCAGAGUCCAAGCUUCACAACCCUUUUUGUCUGACUUCUAAGUGACCUAUCUGCAGCUUCAGCCUUCAAGCAUUUGCUGGAAUCCAUGGCAGUCCUAUUAAACUCUGUAUCACCUAUAAAACACCCUUCUUCAGAACAUUCAAGAAAUUCUGGUGGAUUCUCUUCCAAAGUAUUAAAGUUCCAUUCUUUUUCCCUCAACAAUGAUUUUCCUAGACUGUUGGCCUCUACCCAGACGGCAUUUGCUUCUAAAGAUACCGUUUUCACGUUGCCCAACUGGAGAUCUGGCAGGAACGACCCUAGAACCAAAGAGCUUAGGAUGAAUGAUGCUUUCUUGUACUUGGAAUACAUGGUCGGAAAACGCCACAUGCCUGAUGUUGUUCAGGCAACGCAGUUGCUGUAUGAUCUUUGCAAGUCCAAUAAACUCCGAAAGGCAACUAGGGUCAUGGAAAUGUUGAUUGCAUCAGGUAGUAUUCCGGAUGCAGCCUCGUAUACUUUCUUGGUGAAUCAUUUAUGUAAGAGAGGAAAUGUUGGUCAUGCCAUGCAAUUAGUUGAAAAAAUGGAGGAAAACGGAUACCCGACCAAUACUGUGACUUAUAAUUCUCUUGUUAGAGGUCUCUGUAUGCGAGGAAACUUGGAUCAGAACCUGCAAUUUGUCGAUAGGCUGAUGCAGAAGGGACUGGUGCCAAAUGCAUUUACAUACUCAAUCUUGCUUGAGGCUGCUUAUAAGGAAAGAGGGGUUAAUGAGGCAAUGAGACUCUUAGAUGAAAUAAUUGCUAAAGGUGGAACGCCUAAUUUGGUUAGUUAUAAUGUCAUAUUGACUGGUUUGUGCAAGGAAGGUAGAGUCGAUGAAGCAAUACAGCUUUUCAGGAAUUUGCCUUCGAAGGGAUUCAACCCCAACGUUGUGAGCUAUAAUAUUUUGUUGAGAACCUUGUGCUAUGAAGGACGGUGGGCAGAGGCAAAUGAACUUCUGGCUGAGAUGGUUGGAGAUGAUCGCUCCCCAACAAUAGUCACCUAUAAUAUCUUGAUUGGCUCCCUUGCCUUUCAUGGCCGAACUGAUCACGCCCUCAAGGUUGUGGAUGAAAUGCACAGAGGCGGGCAGUUGAAGCCCACUGCAGCCAGCUACAAUCCAAUCAUUGCUCGUCUGUGCAAAGAGAGGAAGCUGGAUGCUGUAAUUAAAUGCCUGGAUGAAAUGAUGUACCGUCAUUGCAGUCCUAAUGAGGGCACAUACAAUGCCAUUGCCUUGCUUUGUGAGGAGGGGAUGGUGCAAGAGGCAUUCUCAACAAUCCAAAGUUUGAGGCCUAAGCAGAGUUCCUCCAAUCAUGAUUUCUACAGAACAGUGAUUUCUAGUCUGUGUAAGAAGGGGAACACGUAUGCGGCAUUUAAGCUGCUGUAUGAAAUGACAACCUGCGGCUUUAAUCCGGAUUCAUAUACCUAUUCAUCUUUGAUUAGAGGACUGUGCAUGGAGAGGAUGCUUGGCGUGGCUAUAGAUGUUUUUAGAAUCAUGGAAUUAAGUGGCUACAGACCUGACACGGAUAACUUCAACGCCCUUGUGCUUGGGUUAUGCAAAUCUCGGAGAACAGACUUGUCCUUGGAAGUCUUUGGAAUGAUGAUUGAGAAAGGCUAUAUGCCUAGUGAGACGACUUAUACUAUUUUAGUGGAAGGGAUCAUUCGCGAAGAAGAAAGGGAGCUGGCAGCAGUAGUUUUGAAAGAGCUGCAUCAGAGACAAGUCGUCAGUAGAAAUACAGUUGAAAGGAUUGUUAUGCAAUAUGACAUUGAGGAGUUAUCAAUAUAGACAGCUCUCUGUAGCGGGGAUACGGUGAGGAAUUUGUAUGCAUAAGACGUUAAAAUGGGACGGGGCAAUGAGGAGGCAAUGGGUGAUUGUUGAAGAAUCACCGUUGGCAGAACUGCUGAGCAUGUAAGGGAAUCUCGACAAACUUGUGCGCUCAGAGUGUAAGACAGUAAAGAGUAAUGACUGUUAAGAACCCAACGGUGAUUGGUUACAUGUUGGCCAAUGGUAGGCUUCAAGUUUGUAUCUCUUCACUUUUAACCUUACUCCUAGCUUUCUACUCACACUGUACAUUUAUCACUAUUCCCUUCUGACUAUAUAUAUUAGAGCGGGAUCCACUCCUAGCUUCAACGUUGCAAAUACUUUGCCAAUUGCGUAUUAAUAAUAUUGUUAUUACGCCUGGCCUCUAA